CGGACCUGCCGCCACAUUUUCAUUUUCUAUUGAAAGGUGAACGACAUGGAAAGGAGUUCUCUCUUUUUAGCACUAUGCUGAGAUCCUGGGCAGCCUUCCCACCAUGCUGGAACUGGGCUCCUGUUCGGUCAGCUCUCAGUCUCUGACAGGGGACCACAAUGCUUUGGGGCUACCUAGGGCCUCAUCAGGGCCGGAGUGUCCGGUGGGGGGUCUGGGCAUGGGGGCGAUGUGUGGUAGCAGCACCCCGAGGCACCACAUGCUUCAGUCGUCCCCAACAGACUGUGAGAACUGGCAGAAGCAUCGUGCAGGGCUGGCCGAAAGGUCCAGCCUGUUGUCUGAGUCCCACUCCCUCCUGGAACCCCAAAGUCUCUCAACCAGUUAUGAUGCCCUCUACCUCCCACACAUAUCUGGCAAUGCUCCCCCUUUACAUCCGAACCGUCUCGGCCUCUCUCUUGACGUGGCCUCGACUUUUGAUGUCGGAGGGGGAAUGCUGGGGGUGGAUGGAGAUUUGGCAGUCAGUCCCAAUGUGAUGAAGAGACGUCGGGGCGGCCUGAUUGAGCAGAGGGACAUUGUCAAAGCCCACCAGGCUCAUAAGAUUCACAGCACACCGCAGGCACGACGCAAGGAAUGGGAAAUGGCCCGGUUUGGAGACGACGUGCCGGGCUUGUUGAGCUCAGGGGAUGGAGGGUCCGAGCGCAACCGGAACCGCGAUGGGGCGGCCGUGUCCACAGGUGGCAUCUCCCCAGCCUUCAAGCAGACCAAAGCGCAGCGUGCCCGCACCAUGGCCUUGUACAACCCCAUCCCGGUCAGGGAGAACUGCUUCACCGUCAACAGGUCCCUCUUCAUCUUUGGCGAGGACAACGUGGUCAGGAAGUACGCCAAGAAAAUCAUUGAGUGGCCUCCGUUCGAGUACAUGAUCCUUACCACCAUCAUCGCCAACUGUAUCGUCUUGGCUCUGGAGCAGCACCUUCCUGGAGAGGACAAAACGCCCAUGUCUAAGAGAUUGGAGAAGACAGAGCCCUACUUCAUUGGGAUGUUCUGUUUUGAAGCUGGAAUAAAGAUCAUCGCCUUGGGCUUUGUUUUUCAUAAAGGCUCCUACCUCAGGAACGGAUGGAACGUCAUGGACUUCAUUGUGGUCCUCAGUGGGAUCCUGGCCGCUGCAGGGGCGCAUAUGAACAUCUCAGUGGACCUGAGGACCCUGAGGGCGGUGCGAGUGCUUCGACCCCUUAAACUGGUCUCAGGCAUCCCCAGUCUGCAGAUAGUCCUAAAGUCCAUAAUGAAGGCCAUGGUUCCUCUGCUGCAGAUCGGCCUGCUGCUCUUUUUUGCAAUCCUCAUGUUCGCCAUCAUCGGCCUGGAGUUUUACAGCGGCAAACUGCACUACACCUGCACGCCACAGCCUGGAAUACUGGAAAACGAGACAGUGGACUCCUCUGAGUACGAGGUCCCGUGUGGCGUGCGUCAGUGUCCGGCCAAAUACACCUGCUCCGAUACCUGGAUUGGCCCUAAUGACGGCAUCACUCAGUUUGACAACAUCCUGUUUGCUGUUCUCACUGUCUUCCAGUGCAUCACCAUGGAGGGAUGGACCACUGUACUCUACAAUACCGACGAUGCCUUGGGCCCCAACUGGAACUGGCUCUAUUUCAUCCCUCUCAUCAUCAUCGGCUCUUUCUUUGUCCUGAACCUGGUGCUGGGAGUCCUCUCUGGGGAAUUUGCCAAGGAGAGGGAGAGGGUGGAAAACCGCAGGGCCUUCAUGAAACUGAGACGCCAACAGCAGAUUGAGAGAGAGCUCAACGGCUAUCGGGCCUGGAUCGACAGAGCAGAGGAAGUGAUGCUCGCUGAGGAGAAUAAGAAUUCAGGACCUUCUGCCCUCGACGUGUUGAAGAGAGCCACCACCAUCAAGAGGAGAGGGAUGGAUGCGGUGCAUCGAGGACAACCAGGGGAGGAACAAUAUGGUGACAUCUCCUCUGUGGGCAUCCCCAUGGCUAGAGCAAGUAUCAGGAGUGCCAAACGAGGUCCAACAGCGUAUUUUCGCCGCAAGGAACGUCUCCUGCGCAUCUCCAUUCGCCGUGUGGUAAAGACACACACUUUCUACUGGACAGUGCUGGGCCUCGUAGCUCUCAACACGCUGUGUGUGGCCAUUGUUCACCAUAACCAGCCCCUCUGGCUUUCCAACUUCCUUUACUAUGCAGAGUUCCUGUUUCUUGCUCUGUUUCUGACUGAGAUGUUUCUGAAGAUGUACAGCCUAGGACCGCGUCUCUACUUCCACUCUUCCUUCAACUGUUUCGACUGCAGUGUGAUCGUUGGCAGCAUCUUUGAAGUGCUGUGGGGUUUCUUCAGGCCUGGCACUUCUUUUGGCAUCAGUGUCCUGCGAGCUCUCCGUCUGCUGAGGAUCUUCAAGAUCACCAAGUACUGGGCGUCGCUGAGAAACCUUGUCGUCUCUCUCAUGAACUCCAUGAAGUCCAUCAUCUCCCUCAUCUUCCUCCUGUUCCUCUUCAUCGUUGUCUUUGCACUCCUUGGCAUGCAGCUCUUCGGUGGCAGGUUCAUCUUUGAAGACUACACCCCGACAAACUUUGACACCUUUCCUGCAGCCAUCAUGACCGUCUUUCAGAUCCUGACUGGAGAGGACUGGAACGAGGUGAUGUACAACGGUAUUCGCUCUCAAGGAGGAGUGAAGUCUGGCAUGUGGUCCUCUAUCUACUUUAUAGUGCUCACGCUGUUUGGAAACUACACCCUGCUGAAUGUCUUCUUGGCCAUUGCUGUGGAUAACCUCGCCAACGCACAAGAACUCACCAAGGAUGAAGAGGAGGCAGAGGCAGCGUUCAACCAGAAGCACGCUCUACAGAAGGCGAAGGAGGUCGGACCGGGAAGCCGGAGGAGGCGGCCCUACCUGUACAGGAAAAGAGCCAUCCACCGCAGCCGGCCGAACUACUCCUGCUCCCUGGAGGAGCCCCAGGGCAGCAUCAGGGAGGGCCGCCCACCCCCGCCUCUCAACCCCUCUAACUCUUUCAUGUCCAGGAGAGAGAGAAGAAAAAGGAUGACCAUGUCAGUGUGGGAGCAGAGGACCAGCCAGCUGCGGAGACACCGCCAGAUGUCCAGCCGAGAGAUCCUGUUCAGCAACCCCAGCGAGGAGAAGGACGGGCCCCCUGCUUCAUCCCAGACCCACCAAGGACGUCCCCUGUCACUGCAUCGCAAGGCCAUGGAACACACGCAUACCGGGAGUUUGAAGCACCUGACCGACCCUUUAGCCUCCCCAGUCAAAAAACAGGGCUUAGGCUCUUCCAUGUCUAUGGAUAUGUCUCUUAACGCCGCCCUCUGUGGUGUCAUACCUGAACCACCAUCAGUGCUGGUGCCAGAGCCAUUGGAUCCUACAAACGAGCCCCCUCCUGAUGCUUCUGUAUCUGUGGCCAUACCAGAGCCUCCUGAGUCAGACCCCAUCACUGAAAAAGGAAAACUGGGCAUUAAUCGGAGUCAAAACUCCAUCAGUGAGCGCCGCAGCCCCAGAUUGAAUGGCGAGCGUCAGCACAGGGCAGUAAAGAAGUUCAGACCACCAGAUAACCUUGACACACUGACUCCUGAGAUAGGAGGUCAUGGUGGAAUCAGAGGCAGGAGGGCCCUGCAUCACUGCGACCAUCAGAGCGGUUCCAGAAGUCAGGGGUCGUCACCUGGGAAGGGAAGCCACUUGUCGAGUCGCUCAGUCAGCAGAGAGAGGAGGAGAAAUCCAGGGAAAGUGGGGGACAAGGAGGCAGAGACAACAAAGGAGGAAGAGGUGUCCAAACCUGAUGAGAGCAGACAGGGUGACAGGAGUGAAGGAGGAGACGCUGACCCACCAGACAACCAGAGCCACAGUGACGACCAGUGUCCUCAGAAGCAAGAACAACCUCCUCAGCAAUCAGAGCCGUCACCUCCUGUCAUCCCAGAGAGCAACAAAGAAGAGAAGGAGACGGAGCAGGAGCAGGACAAGUCUCAGCUCAGCUCCAGUGUGAUCAUCGAGGUGCCCAACGUGCAGUCAUCUCUGGAGCUCUCCACGAUCACAGUCAACAGUAAGGACCCUGAAACCUGCAAGUCAGAGAAGGAGGAGGCAGAGGAGACAAAGCCUGUCAACACUGUGACUCCAGACAGCAUGUUCAUUUUCAAACCUGACAACCCGGUGCGUCGAGCGUGUCACUACGUGGUGAACCUCAGGUACUUUGAAAUGUCCAUCCUGCUGGUCAUAGCUGCUAGCAGUAUAGCGCUGGCUGCUGAGGACCCUGUAGCCACUUCCUCUAACUGGAAUAAGGUUCUGAGGUAUUUUGAUUAUGUGUUCACCGGAGUCUUCACAUUUGAAAUGAUUAUAAAGAUGAUUGACCAGGGUCUGAUCCUCCACGAUGGCUCCUACUUCAGAGACCUGUGGAACAUCCUCGACUUCAUCGUCGUGGUGGGAGCGCUGGUGGCCUUCGCCCUCUCCAAUGUGUUGGGAAACAACAAAGGGCGGGACAUUAAGACCAUCAAAUCUCUGAGAGUGCUGCGUGUCCUCAGACCGCUGAAGACCAUCAAGAGACUUCCUAAACUCAAGGCGGUGUUUGACUGUGUGGUGACGUCUCUGAAAAACGUCUUCAACAUCCUGAUUGUCUACAAGCUUUUCAUGUUCAUCUUUGCCGUCAUCGCUGUGCAGCUCUUCAAGGGGAAGUUUUUCUACUGCACAGACAGUUCGAAGGACACAGAGAAGGACUGCCAGGGUUACUACAUCGACUACGGGAAGGACAAGAAAGAGGUGAAGAGAAGAGACUGGAAGAGACAUGACUUUCACUACGACAACGUCAUCUGGGCUCUGCUCACUCUCUUCACUGUUUCCACCGGGGAGGGAUGGCCUCAGGUUCUGCAGCACUCAGUGGAUGUGACAGAGGAAGACAGAGGUCCGAGCCACGGCAACAGGAUGGAGAUGUCUAUCUUCUACGUCAUCUACUUUGUCGUCUUCCCUUUCUUCUUUGUCAACAUCUUUGUGGCCCUCAUCAUCAUCACUUUCCAGGAACAGGGGGAUAAGAUGAUGGAGGAGUGCAGCCUGGAAAAGAAUGAGAGGGCGUGCAUAGACUUUGCCAUCAGUGCUAAACCCCUGACCCGUUACAUGCCCCAGAACCGGCACACGUUCCAGUACCGUCUGUGGCAUUUUGUGGUGUCACCCUCAUUUGAGUACACCGUCCUGGCCAUGAUCGCUCUCAACACCAUUGUACUGAUGAUGAAGUAUUAUUCUGCCCCACCGGCAUACGAGGCCGUACUGAAGCACCUGAACACAGCGUUCACUGUUCUCUUCUCUGUUGAAUGCGUCCUCAAGAUCAUGGCCUUCGGCUUUCUGAACUACUUUCGAGACACGUGGAACAUUUUUGACUUCAUCACAGUUUUGGGAAGCAUCACAGAGAUCGUGGUAGACUUGCAGUUUGUUGAUACGUUCAACAUGAGUUUUUUGAAGCUGUUCCGAGCAGCUCGUCUGAUCAAACUGCUCAGACAAGGCUACACCAUCCGGAUUCUACUGUGGACCUUCGUCCAGUCCUUCAAGGCCUUGCCCUACGUCUGCCUGCUCAUCGCCAUGCUCUUCUUCAUCUACGCCAUCAUUGGCAUGCAGGUGUUUGGGAACAUUAAGCUGAAUGAGGAGACUCACAUUACGCAGCACAACAACUUCAAGACCUUCUCUGGUGCUCUGAUGCUGCUGUUCAGGAGUGCCACAGGGGAGUCAUGGCAGGAGAUCAUGUUGUCGUGUCUGGGGGGACAGAAGUGUGAGACGGACCCCUCGCUUCCCACAGCAGCGACGCCGUCCGACCAGGAGGGGGGCUGUGGCUCUGACUUUGCCUAUUUCUACUUUGUCUCGUUCAUCUUCUUCAGCUCCUUCCUGAUGCUGAACCUGUUUGUGGCUGUGAUCAUGGAUAACUUUGAGUAUCUAACGAGAGACUCGUCCAUCUUGGGUCCUCACCAUCUGGAUGAGUUUGUCCGGAUCUGGGGGGAAUAUGACCGAGCUGCCUGUGGUCGUAUCCAUUACACUGACAUGUAUGAGAUGUUGACCAACAUGUCGCCACCUCUAGGCCUGGGCAAGAAAUGCCCCUCCAAGGUGGCAUAUAAGAGACUAGUCCUGAUGAACAUGCCUGUGGAUGAUGACAUGUCCGUUCACUUCACCUCCACCCUCAUGGCCCUCAUCCGCACCGCCCUGGAGAUCAAGAUAGCCAGAGGAGGGGAGGAUAGAAAUCAGAUGGACCUGGACCUGCAGAAGGAGAUUGGUGUCAUCUGGCCUCAUCUCUCUCAGAAGACACUAGACCUGCUGGUUCCCAUUCACAAAGCCAGUGACAUGACCAUUGGGAAGAUCUAUGCCGCCAUGAUGAUCAUGGACUACUACAAGCAGAGCAAGGCCAAGAAGCUCCGACAGCAACUGGAGGAACAGAAACAUGCUCCCAUGUUCCAGCGUAUGGAUGCCUCCUCUCUGCCACAAGAAAUCCUAUGCAAUGCUAAAUCCCUUUCAUUCCUCAGACACAGUGCCGGAUCUGCUCUCACCAGAGGAGGUUUUGUGGCACUCAGCCCCAUUUCUCCACAAGAGAUGUUCCUGCAGCCACUGUCCCGCUCCAGGGAGGAGAAGGAGGAGGAGGAGGAUGAUGAAUACCGUUCACCCUACCAUCCCUAUCUCCACCCACAUCACCACCAUCAUUUACACACGCUGGUGUCAGAUGUAGUGGAGUACAACAAAGCGAUGCAGCAGGCCAGGCAAGAUGCAACAGUUAUUAAAUCACCUCAGCGGACUGCAUCAAUCAGAGCGUCCUCCAUGCCCCGACUGGCUGUUGAUCCACAGCCUGGGAUGUCAGCAGACAGUAAGCUGAUGAAGCGCUCCUUCUCCACCAUCGGAGACCAGUGUGUGAACGGCCUCUGGCAGGAGCAACACUCUCUGGAGAGAGUCAGUCCUGACGACACAUACAGGCCUCGCCAAAGGAGCUACAGAGGUCCCAGAAUCAACCAUAGAGAAGCAAGCAGUCAUGAGAGAGGGCGAUCUAAGGAACGACGCCACCUACUGUCUCCGGACGUGUCCCGCUGCAACUCUGAGGAGCGCAGCCGCGACCCAUCCUGUGAAAGGAGCAAGUCCCGUUCACCUAGCGAAGGACGCACACACCAGGUGAACACAUCAGGCAGCCCCGUCCACUCAGCCUCAGACUCCGGUACUCCUCGUAAUCGGCGCCAGCUGCCACAGACACCCUCUCGCCCGCGGCCAUACAUCUCCUACUCCCCUCUAGUCUGCCAAGCCCAAAACUCUCCUACACCAGCAGCCUCCUCUGAGGGACAGACCCAGCCUCAGGACGGAGGUGGUGGCUCCACGGAGACCUCAUGGAGGGCUGACAAGGAGGGCGCCCCCCUAACUGCAGGUCAGGAGUCAUCCAGAGGUCAGGUUUCAGGACCGAGUAACCCGUCUCCUCACCGCUACAUCUCAGAGCCCUACCUCCCAUUCCAUGAGGACAUCAGCGGUGGAGAGGCAGGCGACGGGCAGGAGACCCUAACUUUUGAGACUGCCAUGGCAACCAGCCUGGGACGGGCCAACGCCAUAAGCUCCGCCCCUCAGCUCAGACACUCCUGGCAGGUUCCUAACGGGCAUUUCCGGAAGCACUUGGGCCAAGCGAGUCCGGCUGGAGCCAGCGAGCUGCUAAGUGAUACAGAUGAGGAUGACCGCUGCUAAAAACCAGAGAUGAAGAGGACGCACAGAGCAACUGGGCACCUCGGAGAAGCUCCACGUGGCACUACAAGGCUUUAGCUCCUCUGUGGCUCUGAGAACUUGUACUCUCAGUACCAGUAGCAUAACAGACAGGAUUGAACUCCACUGCUGUUUGUCUGGAUACUUGGGUGUCUGUCCGAGACGUGCUUUUGUGUGUAUGUUGUAGCUGGAGGGAUGCUGUGUGUUUGUUUGUGUGUGCGUGUGUGUGUGUGUGCUCUCAAUAGAGAAAACUUGCCAAAUCAAGAGAACAGCAGAGACUCACUAUACUAUACGUAGAUCACUGCAGGCAAACCCAAGCAUUGCCAAGGCUUCCCACACAAGUUAAUGUAUUGAUUGUUAUUUGAACAAAAUACAGUGAGACGUUGAUCUAAGGCGUCCGAACCUCUGUUUGAAUCCAAGAAAACCGAUCUAAGUGCGUUUGUGUAGGUGAACAUAGAGGUAGCAUGUACAAAUGUAAUACGAUGAAUGUAUUAUAGCUUUUGGUUCUUACGUUCAGGUCAUUUGAGAGGGUUGCUGUUCAUCUUGACUGUGCAUAGUUGUAAGAGUAGCAAUGAAACAGGCUGAUUCAGUCAGGUUUUGCCGGUUUGUAACUGGCAACCAGCCACUUCACACAGUUCCUGUUUACAACAAGAGUAUCCACAUGGUUCAUGGGCAUUAUACAGUCAUUUAUCAAUAGGUAGUCAAUACAGGUAAUCAUGUUCCAGACCUUUAAGUGAGCAGAACUUGUAGUAAUGGUUAUUUUUCUGUCCUUAUGUGAAAACAAUGACAAUGUACCUUCAGCUGGAGCAGCCCCGUGCAGGUUUUGUUGACACUGUGGUGUGAAAAUGUUGCUCAAGAUGACAGAUUACAGAGUAAGAGAUGUUUUGUCUCAGGAUACUGGACCACUGAAUUUGUAAUAUAUUACAUUCUGAAAUCUCUUGGAUCCAAAAUGAAGACGUGUGAGGAUCCAAAGUGUCUCCUACAGGCCAGUCAGCAUGAUAUCAACAUGAUGACAUCAUCGUGAGGACGAGACCAGAGGAGAUUUCACACAGGCCCAGUUGUCUGCAUCUACUGUCCAUGGACUGUAACAGCUUUGGCCUGAGGUACAACCAUCUGUCGGACAGACAGCCUGCGUGGAGGCAAAUGGAUGCUCGUUUUUCACGUCUCUGUGCUGGAUAACCGCUGUCAAUGUUGAGUCAGAGAUGUGACUAAAGCCAUUUUCUCUUGGCUCAUAGAGCCAGGGACGUGUCUUCUUCAGGAUGUGUUGCCUUCUUUCAUGUGACGAUGCGAAACUAACGUUCUUUCUACAUGUGAUGCAACAUGGAUGCUUUUACAAAAGAGGAAUCAAAGGCACAGUAUGGUUUGUCUGUGUGUUAGUUGCCACUUUGUUUAUGUUACAUUUGGUUUGGUCGGUAGAAACAAACAUUACGGUAUUUCCCGUGCUCCAGAGUUAUAGUAUUUUCCACAUGCAUGAUCAUGGUGAGACGUGUAAGAGAGACGUGUCUUAGAGCUGCCUGAUUGUUCUUAUUUUAAUGUGCUCAUGAUAUUAAAUAGGAUUUUAACCACUUUACCAACAGAGUUAUGAUGAACAGCAGGCAGAGAAAUGUUUUUUUCAGUCGCAGCAUCCACUGUCCAUAUCUUUGAACAUUCCAACUAUUUGUUGUUUCCCCUAAAUAAGAUGUAUAUUUAUAUCAUGUGCUGUUGUGUUAAUGUAAUAUGUUGAGUUUGACAUGUUUCUGAAAUGUGAACACAGGACUUAUCUGGUCUGAGGAUCCAAAUGCCAGAAGAGGCCCCCUGCUGGAGUCCCAGACAGAAAGUCCUGAACUGAAAAAGAUGUAUUUUAGCAGAGCAACCUCCUCUGAAGUGUGUCGACUACAAGGCUGGAUUCAUACAGUACACAGGUUAGGUUAAGGCUUCAGCCUGUAGUUUAUAGGACCAUGCUUAACAUGUACAGUGCAGCCUAGGACUUAACCUUGAUGUCCAUCUCUGUACAGAACAACCUAAUCUGUGCCUGGGGAAGCUCGCACAAAGACUUCCCUAUCAAGCCUGGAUUUCAUAGAUAGAGAAGCUUUCUGGUAAAUAUGUAGUAUAAACUGUACAAAAUAAAUUCAUGUUUAAU